AUGUCCACCGACAACAAGCUCCUUGGGAGCGUCGUUGCCUUCGAAGGCCAUGUAGACACGAUAUCAACACAGCUACGACUGCUUCCAACUUCACCACAUAUUCUGAUACUUCCCAGCAUUCAAAAUUAUAUCUCCAAUAGGGACUUAGAAAACCGUUCAGACAUUCGAGUUUAUGUCAAGAAAAUACACGAGGCCACACUAGCUCGUUACGAAGCUGCUCAAGCUUUCCUUCAUGGUUCAACAGCAAGUGGAAGGCGACUCGUGUUUAUGAACGGCGGGACCCCGAGUGCCCGAACACUUUGUAUCAGAGCCAUCAUGGACUACGAAACAGAUGGAGACUACUACCGUGCAGAGUCGCUAUUCAACCAGCUGGUGAAGGAUGGAGUGGUGGGCCUGGACAAUCCAGUUAGAGACUGGAGAAGGCUGGACAUGUAUCAACCGAAGGAUAAAGGUGUCCAAGAGCAGGAGCUUGAAGAUCCCAUAACACGAGCUAUGCGAGCUGCCGACGCCUUGGACCGACAAACAGCAUCACUUCAACCCUCCAAUGAACUCGAUUUGACCCUCACGCCUCGUCCGCGAAGUAACAGCUUGCCGCUCUACGGCUACGAGGACAACUUCGGAGAUGAUGCCCCAUUCUUUGUUUUUGGUGCCGCGAAUAAAGAUGAAGGUGGGAGUACAGCUGGUGAAGCACCAGGCUGCUCUUACUCACCCCAAGCUUGCCGGUUUUCUGUGAGGCAUUAUGACCGGUCUGCAGGUCGCAUCUAUCAUGAUAUUUCCAAUCUACAGUCUCCUUCACCUAGGGCUUCUUUCCUUACAUCUCCCAGCUGUAUUGGCGAAGCUUACGGCUUGAUGGCCGCCCCUGUAUCCCCUGCCCUCGAAGGCUUGAGCCCAAGAUCCGACGUUUUGAGCAUCCCGUCCACAGAUAAUGUCGUGUACGGGGAAGCUUCAUUAGUGGACAUGAGGUCUCCAGGCCGCAGCCCAACUCUGUCUCGAGUCAAGUCUCUGGACAGAAUCUACCCGGCCAGUCCCAGGUAUCGGGAUCUCUGUGUUUCUGCAGCUACUUCAGGACUUGCACGGCAACUAGAGAGCGAUCCGGAGCCAGAAUUGUUGAAAGCGCAUCGGCAUUCACAAACAAUAACAACAAGCCCCAAGGAGCUCGUUUCCAACAGACGCAGCUACAUAGAGGGACCCCGAACUGUUAUUGUGAGAACCAAUGUCCCGAUCAUCAAAGUGGCUCCGGUCCCAUUGGACAAGAAGCGAAAGCCUGCACGGGCAUCGUACGUGGAUAGAGGCACUGAUGCCGAGCACAUUUCUGGACCAAAGGAGACAUUUCAACCAGUACUGCCCUUUAUGGAGGACCUUGUGGUGCACUUCCGGGAGGAGGUACCCGAACCUUUACUCAAUUCUGUCACCCAUGGGCUUAGAAUGGGUCAAUUUCCCGUGGCUAUUUAUUCACCUACUUCCGAAACAGAUGACGGCAAUGCUCUGGUUCCAGGAACACCUGAGUCCAACACUAUCACAGACGUAAGCUGCGCAGAGAGCCAAUACGAGGAGUCAGCUGCCACCGACCAAUCCAUCUUUUCGGACGAAUAUGAUCCGUUCGCAUAUAACCAGCCCGUCUGGCCCAAGAAGCCUGUCCCAACUGUGCCCAAGCUCAAGGUUGCAAGACCUCCAACACCAGUUCGGACUCCUCCACCCCUGGUUUCGGAUGUCGAUAGCAAGUUUCAUGACCUUCGAAUUAAUGGUCAAGAAUCAGCCAUCACUGUACAGAACUCACUGCGUUCUGUCCUCCAGGAACACUUCCCUCCAGAAACUCAAGGCUCCCGGCAGUUCCAGUUUUGCCUUUUGCCAAAGCUUGAAGGACUGUGGAACCCAGUCUUUUGGGAGACUGGGAGUAACAAUAGCCGUGGGCCUUGCCAUAGAAUCGACCAGAUCCUAGCUAUUGGAGCCCAGAGAGGUGUGGAAAGGGACUACACUUGCGUCAUCACAGGAAAGCUUGAGAAGCUAGGAACAAAAUGCAAUGGUAUGAGCCGAAGUGGCCGACUGGACUUCAGGUACCUUCUUGCCAAUGCCAUGCAGGCGUAUACGGCCCAGCCUUUGGCCAGCCAGGCUAAAGAUAAUCCUUUUGCGAAUUCGUUUCUACUCGCGACUCUCAUUAUUCCACACCUCGAAACGUAUCUUGCCCUUCACGAAGAGGUGAGGUAUCUUCUCCUUGAAUACCCGCCUGAGCAUCUUGCGACGGUGCUGGCUCUUCAAAAGCUUGUUGGAGUGGAUUUGAUGAAGGUGGCCCAGAUUGUUGAUGCCAGCAGCAAGAGCAUUCCAUUCACUCAUUUACGUGGAAACUCCAUCACCGGCCCAGAACAAGGACCUGUUGGGCGCCUCGGGAAGACUUUCCCACAAAACUCGGGUCCUGGCUAUGACGUUACGGUUUCUGAGGCCAACUUCCUCAUCACGUCAACGGCAGCUGAUGCAGAAAUCGCAACUUUUAUUGCAACCAUCUCGAGGAUCCUGUCCAAGACUUCUGAUUUCUAUGUCCCUCGAGAGCCUCCCAAGAAGCCGUCCCCAAAGAAGUCUAAGCCGCCAUCUAUCACAGGGACCUUCUCCCCUUUCCCACGCGUGCCAUCAGCGACUCAUAGCCCGCCCAUGUCCCCGGCGCUUGGCGCGUCUUUGGGAGCAGCACUAUCAGGGUCAUCCGUGGUUCCGAGUCGAGCCCCUUCCAUCGCUGAAACAGUCAUGACAGCAAAGUCUUCCAGAAGCAAGCCAAGUCGAUCAUAUUCAAAGCGGAAGCCUUCCGCGACUGAUGCUCGGUCGAUCUUAACCAUGUAUGUUGAUGAUAGCGACUGGGAUCAAGAAGACCGACGGAUUAUGCCGCUCCUCGAGGAUAAGGCCGAGAGGCGAAAAGGCAACUCCCAUAAGGCACUUAAGUUCCUCGGCUUGUCUUGA